AUGGAGGAGACAUCGCAACCAGAGAAAAACCAAGAGCUGGAAUUGAAAAACCAGAUUGAGGAGGAAGGAGGGAUCCGUCGGCGACUGCGAGACAGGGACCUUCUCAGAAAGAGAAAAGCCGAGGCAGAGGAGAAGGAAACUAACCAGUGGGUUUGGGGGGUGGAGAGCCAGAGAAAAAGAUCAAGAACGGGGGAUAAGAGCGGCUCCAAGAAGAGAGGAAGACCCAGGAAGAGUGAACCUGUGCUGUCGGUCAUUCAGGAAGAGCCAGUUGUGACUCGGGAGGCUCCUGCGGUCGUGGUAGCACCUGGACCGGCUGCAUUAAUCUCUGAUCAAACAUCGGGCCCCCUGACCCCGGUGCUGGCUGUGGAAUCCCAGCCAGCUUCUUUCCUUGUUGCACCUGCUCCUGCACCAGUGCUUCAAUCUGUCCAAAACACGGUCUUUGGCCCUUUUCUGACCUCUCCUCCUCCACUUGGCUCAGCUCUAGGCACAUCUUCUGUUCUGAUACAAAGUUCAGCUCCAGUACAAGUUCCCAAUCCAGCCCCCGUACAGGCUCCCGACGCAGCUCCAGCAUUGCCUCUUGAUAUUUUCUCAGCCCCAGCUCUGUCCCAAGACUCCGCUCCAGCUGCGUGUGUUGCUCCUCCUCCAGCUCCUCCUCAGGUGGAGACCCUCUACACCGAGUCACAAGCCAGGGACGACCAGGUCCUGAUCGAAGACCUGGGCCCAGACGAGGAGGAGGACGUCUCUCCAUCACAAGAAAGAAGAGUUAACGAAGGUUUAAAUGAAGCUCUUUCCGUCAACGUACCCGAGCAAACCAAAAUGUAUUCAGUUCCAACCUUGUCCUCCUCCACUCUGCCACAGGAAUAUCUUCCAGGAAAUUAAUUGCAGUUUUUUCUAAAAUCCACCGUUCAGUUGCUCAGUUCGGAGCACACAAAAAUUCUUGCUUCUUGGUCGCAUAUGGUACAGGAAUAUUGUUUAAGGUUAGUAUGCAGUCUGAUGAUUGAAGAGAACAAAUGUAUAGAGCUGUGGCAUUAGGUAUUUGUGUAUGAAUUCACACCAAACUUCUGUGGUUAUUUAUUCUGCGUUGUGCUCCUUUGCAAAGUUCACUGAUUGCUUUUUUAUACUUUGCAUUUAGUAGACAAAAGAUUAUGCUUGCUUUAUUUCAGAAACAGUAUUAAUCUGUAUUAAUUGUUUAUUUGUAAGAGUGUAUUUUCAUGAAUAUGUUUUCAAAUGUUUUUAAAUCAAAUAAAAUUAAGUUCUUGUAUCAUAACAUGUGUUUAUUAUCAUCUAUGUAAUUUUCAAAUGGAGGAUGUAUAUGUGACAUCAGCUUGCUCUUCAUCGAUCCCACAGCUGGGCCCCUAUAAGGUUCAGCUCAAUUCUUUUAUUGCAGCAAAGUGCUAAUUUAAGUCUGUUUUAAAGUUAAUGAAACAUGUACUUGAUUUAUUUUUUCUAUAAUUACCUUUACAUCUUACCAAUAUGAUAACCAUUUACCCUUGCCAUUUUUGAUGGUUUAGAAAACUAUCCUGAAAU